AUGUCUAGCAGCUGCUUUAACCCCCUCUCUAUCAGGAACGAUACGGCGGCAGGCAAACUGACAGGCGGAGCGCUGGGGGAUCCGCGCGGCCACGCCAGCCGCGGCGCUGCGCUGCUUGACUCGAUGGGCGUCCGUGUCAUGCCGAACAGUCUUGGGACGACACUGACAAGCCAGGGGAUCCUCAAGGAGGGGGAUGAGGGGACUUGCGGAUCGAGAACUGCCACUAUGUCAGUUCCAAAGAGGUGGAUUUUGACGUCGCCGCCAGGUUCUGUUGGCUUUGUGGCUCGGGCCCUGAUGCUGACACCUACGCUAUAUUACCGGCGGCGAUGUGCGGGCGGGCGGCGGACGGCCGAAGAAGAGGAGUUCGGCCAGAUCUAG